GGCUGCUGAGAUUGGCGGAGGCGGUCAUGUGGGCGGUCACGUGCUGCGGCGAGCUCCGUCCAAAAGAAAAUGGGGUUUGGUGUAAAUCUGGGGGUGUAAUGUUAUCAUAUAUCACGCUACCUCGUAAAACCGACACUGAAAGCUGCCGGACAACAAAUCACAGGUCAAAAUUAUGAGUUCUUCGUAUUAUGUGAACGCGCUUUUUAGCAAAUAUACGGCGGGGGCUUCUCUGUUCCAAAAUGCCGAGCCGACUUCUUGCUCCUUUGCGCCCAACUCGCAGAGAAGCGGCUACGGGGCGGGCGCCGGCGCCUUCGCUUCGACCGUACCGGGCUUGUACAAUGUCAACAGCCCCCUUUAUCAGAGCCCGUUUGCGUCCAGCUACGGCCUGGGCGCCGACGCCUACAGCAACCUGCCCUGCGCUUCCUACGACCAAAACAUCCCGGGGCUCUGCAGUGACCUCGCCAAAGGCGCCUGCGACAAGGCGGACGAGGGCGCGCUGCACGGCCCGGCCGAGGCCAAUUUCCGCAUCUAUCCCUGGAUGCGGUCUUCAGGGCCCGACAGGAAACGGGGCCGCCAGACCUACACGCGCUACCAGACGCUGGAGCUGGAGAAGGAGUUCCACUUCAACCGCUACCUGACGCGGCGCCGCCGCAUCGAGAUCGCCCACGCGCUCUGCCUCACCGAGCGUCAGAUUAAGAUCUGGUUCCAGAACCGCCGAAUGAAGUGGAAGAAGGAGCAUAAGGAUGAAGGUCCAGCAGCCCCCGCCGCCGAGGGCUCAGUGCCCGCAGCAGCAGCAACUGCCGCCGCUGCCGCGGCUACCACCGACAAGGCCGACGAGGAGGACGAUGAGGAAGAUGACGAGGACGAGGAAGAGGAAGAAUAAGGGACCCAAACUGGGUCCUGGCUGCACUAGACAGUCGGGAAAGUGUCUGUAGAGACUCACUGAUUUUUAUUUGCAAAAGUGGAAAAAAUAAAAUGUAAAAAAU